AUGCAUAAAAUAUCUCAUAAAAACACGCUCUUGUUAAUUCUUCCCCUAUUGACAUUGCUCACCUUGUGCAAUUGCUCGUCAAUUAACGAGACCUCAAUUGAAGUGAGUAAAUCCGAGAGAAUCUUAUCGAGAACAAAACGUUAUUUGGUUUUCCCGGAAGGAUCGAGUUUCUCUGCUGCAACAUGCAUGACCAUUGGAAUAAUCGGAAACCCAAGUGAUCAAUUCAUUAGUUGGGCUCUCAAUUGGGGUGUUGCCUAUGAAUUACCAACUAAUCAAUCCUACUUUGUUGGUCUCAGUCCAGUUCUUGCACGGAGAUUUCGACGUGAUUUAUAUGGGAAACUUGAAUUGGCAAUGAAUGACAUGGGAUACAAUGGAAAAGAUUGCAUUUUAAAGGCACUAUGCCAGAGUCAUCAGUACUUCAAGCAACGAGGGUCAAACAUGGUGGAAGAAAUGCUUCGAACUAUAUUUAGUUUGCCAAAGCAGAAAGUUUUCUCAUUUGAGCAUCGUGACUUAAUUGAUUACGAUAUGGCACACCGUAGGGGACGAAAGAAGGUAAAUUGUGAUGAAAUUUACCCCCAUUGCGGAUUCUCUCUCAUUGAUCUUGCCUUAGGAAGGUACAGAAAACCAUUCCAAGAUCAAACUAUUAUAUGAAAUGUCC